GAGGAGGUGUACGGGAGGGAGGUGCAGGUGGCGGACAGGGAGAUGGUGGAGAGCCGCGUGGGCGACCUGCUGCAGCUCGCCGCCAAGGAGGACGUCGCCUUCCUCGUUGUCGGCGACCCCUUCGGGUUCGGCGAGACGGUGUCGAUUCCGUUCUUCACGGACACAUGGCAGCCCGACAGCUUCUACGACCGCAUCCUUGGGAAUGCCGCCAGAGACCUCCACACACUCUGCCUGCUCGACAUCAAGGUGAAGGAGCCAUCGCUGGAGGCCAUGGCCAGGGGCAGGAUAGAGUACGAGCCAGCACGGUACAUGAGUGUGAACACGGCCAUCCGGCAGCUGCUGCUCGUGGAGGAGAAGCGCCAGCAGAAUGCAUUCGCCACAACCACCUCUCAUCUCCUCUUCAUUCCUCACACCCUUUCUUCCCCUCAAACCCCCAUGCUCACCGCAUCCCUGGCAGUCUGCACACCAGACUCACUUUGUGUGGGAGUGGCACGGCUGGGUGCGGACUCACAGUGCAUUGUGUUUGGCAGCAUGCAGCAGCUUUUAGACGUUGACUUGGGCCCGCCUCUGCACUCGCUGGUGCUGUGUGGCGCACUGCAUGAGCUUGAGAGGGACUUCCUCCACGCCUUCCGAGUCACGGAUGCCACGCCCAGGAUCGUGCAGGGCUCGGAAGGAAGCGAAGAGGAGGAGAGCGAGAGGCCCAUCUUGUGA